AUGGAUAUAUCUCGGUCCAAAAAUGUACAUACAACAACUACAAUUGAGAAUGUUGAAGAACUUGUUCCACCAGCAUUUUCAUUAUGUAGCAAUGAUAUUGAUUUUAUAUUUGACUGUAAUGCCUAUGGUGAAGACUUGGCAAAUUGUAAAAAUUUAGUGAGAAAGGUCGAUGUUUCUAAUGAUGCGACUUAUAAUUCAUGGUUUACCAAAUGUGAUGUCUUUCAAACUACGAAACCAAUGCUUUUCUCCUCAUCAAAAAGACAACCGAAAGAUUGGUCAUCUCAUCAUUCUCCUUUCUUCAUCAAAUAUUUGUUUCGCAAUGAAUCUUCUUCACCGUCAUCAAAAAUUUCUUUCAUGUUAUGGAAUCCAUACGAUUUACUUAAUGACGCUGUAUUAUCCACCGAAGCAACUCCACAAAUCCUAAAUCCAUAUCGAAUAAUAAAUAUGGAUGCUAUGAGAGAAAGAGUUUACUCAUUUUAUUGGAGAAAGUACAUCUUUCUUAAUGGAACAGAGAAAUUUAAUUUGGAUUUUCAACUUGAACUCGAUGCAUCUACAAUUACAUCCACCCCUCCAAUUGGAUUGGUGCAUUUUAAACCCGCUUCAUUCAGUAUGGAAAUCAUUCGUGAACACUCUUGCUUUCCCACUUUCUCGGUAUUCACCAUGUUGAUCGUUCUUUUAGCCGUCUUCAACAUUUAUUGGGGAUUAUUUAGUGGUAAAGGAAAGUAUAAAACUUGGGGUCUCGCUCAUGUCUUUACUAGUUAUUAUCCUCAACAGCAUAUACUUCCGAUGGAAGACACUCAAGCAUUAAAACCUACUGCUGACGAUGUUCUAAGAGUUUAUCUUCAUGGCUUAGAUAGAGCCGAAUUCGAGAAAAGGUAA